UUCAGUGUUGAUGCGGAUCGUCGGCGGGGAGCCGGGGGAAGAUUGACUGUCUGCGGGGGAAGCUCCCAUCGUUAGACCUGCGGUGAGAGAUUUAUUGGAAGAAAAGCCCACAACUGGAAGCAAACCACAACUGAAGACCGACAUUGCAGCCCGAGGACUGAGAGCAUCAACCAGAGAGAACUCAUCUGACUCGGAGUUUCCAGUGAUGCAGUCAAGAGAAAGUUUGAGAAUCGUCAAUAUGUGAAGUUUUCCUGCAUCAGGACAAAAGUGUAAACAAGAAAACAACAACCAACAAUCGUCAGUCAGAACCAGAAUGGCUACAGGUGGGAAAUUAAAUACGUUAUGGAAAGCAUUCGAGAGAUUUUUACCAGGUAAAUCAUCGAUUGAAGAUGAUCAAGACACGGGAAGCAAGGUACCAAAGCAGGGUCAAAUUGAGAGCAAUGUCCCACAAUGCAGUCCGGCCGCAGAGGAGGGAGAGCAUAGUCAGCCCAGAGACAGUGACGUCAGAGACACUGAGCAGGACCCUGGAACCGGUACAAGUGAGACGACUGUCUGUCAGCCCAGAGACAGUGACGUCAGAGACACUGAUCAGGACCCUGGAACCAGCACAAGUGAGGCGACUGUCUGUCAGCCCAGAGACAGUGACGUCAGAGACACUGAUCAGGACCCUGGAACCGGUACAAGUGAGGCGACUGUCUGUCAGCCCAGAGACAGUGACGUCAGAGACACUGAUCAGGACCCUGGAACCAGCACAAGUGAGGCGACGGUCUGUCAGCCCAGAGACAGUGACGUCAGAGACACUGAUCAGGACCCUGGAACCGGUACAAGUGAGGCGACUGUCUGUCAGCCCAGAGACAGUGACGUCAGAGACACUGAUCAGGACCCUGGAACCGGUACAAGUGAGGCGACUGUCUGUCAGCCCAGAGACAGUGACGACAGAGACACUGAUCAGGAUCCUGGAACCGGUACAAGUGAGGCGACUGUCUGUCAGCCCAGAGACAGUGACGUCAGAGACACUGAUCAGGACCCUGGAACCGGUACAAGUGAGGCGACUGUCUGUCAGCCCAGAGACAGUGACGUCAGAGACACCGAUCAGGACGCUGGAACCGGUACAAGUGAAGCGACUGUCUGUCAGCCCAGAGACAGUGACGUCAGAGACACCGAUCAGGACGCUGGAACCGGUACAAGUGAGGCGACUGUCUGUCAGCCCAGAGACAGUGACGUCAGAGACACCGAUCAGGAUCCUGGAACCGGUACAAGUGAGGCGACUGUCUGUCAGCCCAGAGACAGUGACGUCAGAGACACCGAUCAGGAUCCUGGAACCGGUACAAGUGAGGCGACUGUCUGUCAGCCCAGAGACAGUGACGUCAGAGACACCGAUCAGGACGCUGGAACCGGCACAAGUGAGGCGACUGUUUGUCAGCCCAGAGACAGUGACGUCAGAGACACUGAUCAGGACCCUGGAACCGGCACAAGUGAGGCGACUGUCUGUCAGCCCAGAGACAGUGACGUCAGAGACACUGAUCAGGACCCUGGAACCGGUACAAGUGAGGCGACUGUCUGUCAGCCCAGAGACAGUGACGUCAGAGACACCGAUCAGGAUCCUGGAACCGGUACAAGUGAGGCGACUGUCUGUCAGCCCAGAGACAGUGACGUCAGAGACACCGAUCAGGACGCUGGAACCGGUACAAGUGAGGCGACUGUCUGUCAGCCCAGAGACAGUGACGUCAGAGACACCGAUCAGGAUCCUGGAACCGGUACAAGUGAGGCGACUGUCUGUCAGCCCAGAGACAGUGACGUCAGAGACACCGAUCAGGACGCUGGAACCGGUACAAGUGAGGCGACUGUCUGUCAGCCCAGAGACAGUGACGUCAGAGACACUGAUCAGGACCCUGGAACCGGCACAAGUGAGGCGACUGUCUGUCAGCCCAGAGACAGUGACGUCAGAGACACUGAGCAGGACCGUGGAACCGGUACAAGUGAGGCGACUGUCUGUCAGCCCAGAGACAGUGACGUCAGAGACACUGAGCAGGACCCUGGAACCGGUACAAGUGAGGCGACUGUCUGUCAGCCCAGAGACAGUGACGUCAGAGACACUGAUCAGGACCCUGGAACCGGUACAAGUGAGGCGACAGUCUGUCAGCCCAGAGACAGUGACGUCAGAGACACCGAUCAGGACGCUGGAACCGGUACAAGUGAGGCGACUGUUUGUCAGCCCAGAGACAGUGACGUCAGAGACACUGAUCAGGACCCUGGAACCGGCACAAGUGAGGCGACUGUCUGUCAGCUCGGAAGCGCAUUGAACACGGAAUUGUCAGAGCAGCAAAAUCUGAACACAACUGUACUCAAAAUAGCUGAACGGGCGUGUAAUGGAGGAGUUCCAGUGACGUCAGGAUCAGGAAAGGUCGCGGGUCCGAGCUCAGUGAUCACCGAGCUCCUGGCAGGCUGGAACGAUUUCCAGCUGCUGCAGUUGACGGAUUUCUACCGGGACAGGCUGGAGCAGGCGAUGGAAGGAGGGGUGCACGGAGUGAGCCUGGCGUUAACGGCCGAGAAUCAGUUCAGUGGAGAGGAACAUCGGAAAAUCUCUGAUCUCGCUGAUAAGGGAGAGCGGGCGGACAGUUCUAAACUCCUCCUGAGCCUGGUGAUGGAGAAAGGCUCCCGCGCCCGGAGAGUGAUGUGGGAAACCUUUGUGAAAAUGCGAAUUUGUGUCCCAAAGUUGGACAAAAUACUGAAAGAAAUACAGGAAUAUGGUUGUGUUCCUGUCCAUCGACCCAUACCGAAGAUUCCCAGUGAGCUGAAAGAUGUUCAACAGAAACACAAGGAGACUCUGCGGGCACAAACUGAAACACUGAGAGUGGACACGAUCCUGAUGAGGGAGAAGGUGAAGGUUUUCCAGCUGGUUGAUCGAUACGCUGAGCUCACGGUCAUUUCUACUGUUCGAGAUCGGAGACUGGUGGAACAUGAGUUGCUGGCAAGAGGCAGAGACCACGAGGAGUGGAGAGAGAAACAUCUCCGCGGAGAGCUGGAAAAAAUCCGGACUGACCAGUUGUUCCAGAGCAGCUUUUCCCGGAGUAAAUCCAAAUCUGGGAGUUCGGCAGCAGUGGCCGGAGUCCCGGGGAUUGGGAAAACAACAAUGGUACAAAAGAUUGUUUACGACUGGGCCACAGGGAAAAUAUACCAACAAUUUCAGUUUGUCUUCAGUUUCAAAUUCCGGGAUUUAAACUCCAUUAACUGCAGGAUAAACCUGAGGGAACUGAUUCUGGAUCAGUAUCCUUACUUUGAGAAUUGCCUGAGAGAGGUCUGGAAAAACUCAAAGGGAUUGCUGUUUAUAUUCGACGGUUUGGAUGAAUUCAAACACAAAAUUGAUUUUUCUGACAGUCGGAGAGAUAUAGAACCCAAGCACCAGUGCCCAGAUCCCGAGUGGUGGUGUGAAGUGUCUGACAUUGUGUACAGUUUAAUCCAGGGCAAGCUGCUCCCAGGGUGUUCAGUGCUGGUGACCACCCGUCCCACAGCGCUACAUUUAAUGGAAAAGGCGAAGAUAACUAUCUGGGCUGAAAUCCUGGGAUUUGAUGCUGAGGAGCGCAAGGAAUAUUUUGUCAGGUAUUUCGAAGAUCGGACGGUGGCAGCAGUUGUUUUCAAACACUUGGAGGAGAACGAGAUCCUGUACACCAUGAGCUACAACCCCUCCUACUGCUGGAUCCUCGCUCUGGCACUGGGCCCCUUCUUCACACAAGGAGUCAGAGACCCACAGCGAGUUCCCAAGACCAUCACCCAAUUGUACUCCUACUAUAUUUACAACAUCCUGAAAAACCACGGCCGUGAGAUUGAGAACCCCCGUGAUGUGUUUCUCAGGGUUGGUCAGAUGGCCUUCAGAGGAGUGUAUGAGAAGAAGAUUCUGUUUGCAGAUGGAGAUUUGAUCAACUACAAUCUGCAGCCUUCCCAGUUCCUGUCCGGGUUCCUGAUGGAGCUUUUGGAGAGAGAGGAUUGUGCCCGGAGCGUGGUGUACACAUUCCCACACCUCACCAUCCAAGAGUUUGUAGCUGCAGUCACACAAUUCCUGGCUCUAAAUACCGGGGAUAUCCUGAAAUUCCUCACUGAAGCCCACAGUACGAAAGAUGGGCGAUUUCAGGUAUUUCUCCGCUUUGUUGCUGGUCUCUCCAACCCAAUGACAGCUCGGGGCCUGGAGGAGUUUCUGGGUCCAUUUCCUCAUCAAACAACCUGCCGGGUGAUUGACUGGGUGAAGGAGGAGGUUAGACGCCAGAUUGAAAACGCAGAGAGUCAAGAUGGUAAAAGGAGCCUCCUGAACACAUUGCACUACCUGUUUGAGUCUCAGAAUCGUGGACUGGCUCGGGCCGCACUGGGAUCUGUGGAAACACUUUCAUUCAGUGGAAUGACACUGACCCCGAUUGACUGCGCGGUCCUGUCUCAUGUCAUCGGACUCUGUGAUACAAUAAAACACCUCGACCUGUUUCGCUGCCGCAUUCACUGUGAAGGAAUCCAGCGGCUGGGACCCGGGCUGCACAAGUGCCGGGAUUUAAGACUUGCGGGGAAUAAACUGGGAGAUUCAGGAGUGAAACUGGUGUCUGCGGCUCUGAAGAACCCGGAGUGUAAAAUACAGGAACUAGUGCUGAUCAAUGUCGGGCUCACAGAUUCCGGAGUCGAUGACUUCGUCUCCGCUCUCAGUGUAAAUCGAUCACUGACGUUGCUGGACCUCGCAUUAAACUCGCUCACAGACCGAUCUGUCCCCGUUCUCCGCCGCCUCAUACUGACACACCCGAGUCUGAAGUGGAUCGGGCUGGUGGAGAAUCAGUUCAGUUGGACCGGGGAGAAGGAACUGAGAUCUCUGCAGGAACCCAGACCCGGACUGACAAUUAAAUUGCGAUCAUCUGAAUUGUGAACAUCCACCCCUCCCACCCCCCGUGAGAUGAGGAUAUUUUGGCCUACUUCUCUCCCUCCCUUUAACGGCCGCGCUCCAGGUUUAAUUCCCAACGGUUAUAACACAAACAGACCCCAACAUCUGCAGAGCCCUCUCUGACGUCAGAGGCGGUCCCACAGUGACGCAUUCGUGUGAGACCGCCUCUGGGUAAUGGAUGAACUGAAGGAAAUAUAUAUGAGACAGGAAAUGAUGCUGGAUAGACUGUUAGGCCUGACGGCUGAUAAGUCCCCAGGACCUGAUGGUCUGCAUCCCAGGGUACUUAAGUAGCUGGUUUUAGAAUUCGUGGACGCAUUGGUAAUUAUUUUCCAAUGUUCUAUAGAUUCAUGAUAAGUUCGGUGGAUUGGAGGGAGCUCAUGUUGUCCCACUUAUCAAGGAAGGAGUGACAGAGAAAACAGGGAAUUACAGACCGGUUAGCCUGUCGUCAGUGGUGUGAAAGAUGCUGGAGUCAAUUAUAAAAGAUGAAAUUACGACAUAUUUGGAUAGGAGUAACAGGAUAGGUCUGAGUCAGCAUGGAUUUAUGAACGGGAAAUCGGAAUGACUAAUCUUCUGGAAAUGUUGAGGAUGUAACUAUAAAAAUGGACAAGGGACAGCCAAUGGAUGUAGUGUACCUGGACUCUCAGAAAGCAUUUGAUGAAGUCCCACAUGGGAGAUUAGUGGGCAAAAUUAGGGCACAUGGUAUUGGGGGCAGAGUAUUGACAUGGAUUGAAAAUUUGUUGGCUGACAGGAAACAAAGAGUAACGAUUAACGGGUCCCUUUUGGAAUGGCAGGGGGUGACCAGUGGGGUACCGCAGGGUUCAGUGCUGGGAACGCAGCUGCUUACAAUACUGUAUACAUUAAUGGUUUAGAGGAAGAGAUUAAAAGUAACAGUAGCAAACUUGUGCAGAUGACGCAAAUCUGGGUGGCACUGUGAAAUAGGCGAGAGGAGAAGAUGGCAGUGCUCCGCGCGUGCGCUGGUCUCCGGAGAAAAAUGAUGUCAUAUAUGUUAAAUAGGAGCCGUGGACAAUUCUGAUUUGAUGGAGAAUGGACGUGAAAUCACAGAGGAACAUCUGGAAAAAAAUUCUGAAACGCCCGUCCGCUGCUGUCGUUACUGUGUGGUCGGGAAUCUUUCGGAGGAUAGGCCUCAAAAUCCCCGGCCUUGCCUGGUUUUGGCGACCGAGAAGGAGGUCUAAUCGUUCGUGCAGAAAUGGCGCUCGGUACUUGGUGUCGGAGAGCUGAUCAGAGCUCAAAGUUUUCGGAUGACUCAGAGUCGGACUGUGGUCGGGCAUGGCAGGGAGAGCUUUUCUUCCUUCUCCCGUCUGCGUGAGAUGUGGGACAUUUAAGAAACUUUGAACUUUACUGUGCUCACGGACUUCUUCAUCAAGUUAUGGUAUUGUUACACUGUUUGUAACUAUAUGUUAUAAUUAUGUGGUUUUGGCAGUUUUUUAAGUCUUGGUUUGUCUUUUGUCUUGUGAUAUCACACCGGAGGAAAUAAUGUAUCAUUUCGUAAUGCAUGCAUUACCAAAUGACAAUAAAGGAAGACUACGUGUAUUCAUAAUCUAAAUGUGAGGAGGAUGUUAUGAGAAUGCAGGGUGACUUGGACAGGCUGGGUGAUUAGGCAGAUGCAUGGCAGAUGCAGUUUGAUGUGGAUAAAUGUGAGGUUAUCCACUUUGGUGGUAAGGAACAGGAAGGCAGAUUAUUGUCUAAAUGGAGUCCAGUUAGGAAAAGGGGAAGCACAACGAGAUCUAUGUGUUCUUGUACAUCAGUCACUGAAAGCAAGCAUGCAGGUACAGCAGGCAGUGAAGAAAGCUAAUGGCAUGCUGGCCUUCAUAACAAGGGGAAAUGAGUAUCGGAGUAAAGAAGUCCUUCUGCAGCUGUACAGGGCCCUGGUGAGACCACACCUGGAGUACUGUGUGCCGUUUUGGUCUCCAAAUUUGAGGAAAAACAUUCUUAUUAUUGAGGGAGUGCAGUGUAGGUGCACAACGUUAAUUCCCGGGAUGGCGGGACUGUCAUAUGUUGAACGAUUGGAGCGAUUAGGAUUUAGAAUUUAGAAGGAUGAGAGGGGACCUUAUUGAAACAUAAGAUUAUUAAGGGAUUGGACACGCUGGAGGCAGGAAGCAUGUUCCCGCUGAUGGAUGAGUCCAGAACCAGAGGCCACAGUUUAAGAAUUAGGGGUAGGCCAUUUAGAAUGGAGUUGAGGAAACACUUUUUCACCCAGAGAGUGGUGGAUAUGUGGAAUGUUCUGCCCCAGGAGGCAGUGGAGGCCAAGUCUCUGGAUGCUUUCAAGAAAGAGAUGGAUAGAGCUCUUAAAGAUACUGGAAUCAAAGGUUAUGGGGAUAAGGCAGAAACUGGAUACUGAUUAUGGAUGAUCAGCCAUGAUCACAGUGAAUGGCGUUGCUGGCUCGAAAGGCCGAAUGGCCUACUCCUGCACCUAUUGUCUAUUGUCUAUUGAUACGUUGUUUCAUCAAAGAUCCCACUGAUUUUACCAAACUACUACGGAUACAAUCAAGUACAUUGUUAAUAAAAACAACUGUAAUAUAUAUUACA